GAAAAGUGCGACACGGGGACUAUAGUGGAGAUUUUGCUUACUAAGCUAACAGGAAAGCAAAGGGGAGGGCACUGGAGCUGGGAAAACCUGUGUUGGUGAGCAGAUGGGAAGGAGCCAUUUGGCGAUGCCGGACUUGGUGGAGGGUCUGCAACCUGCUGCGGGGGCGACCUCUGACUACUGUUCUCUGUCUUGUCCAGCGGUGGUCUUCGGCCUGCCUGGCACGCGGGCCACCGAGGCCUGUUUGCAGGCCUGCCCUGCGGCCUGCACCUGCAGCAGCGUGGAGCGCGGCUGCUCGGUGCGCUGCGACCGCGCGGGCCUCCAGCGGGUGCCCACCGAGUUCCCGUGCGAGGCGGCCUCCAUCGACCUGGACCGGAACGGCCUGCGCAUCCUGGGCGAGCGGGCCUUCGGCACGCUGCCGUCCUUGCGCCGCCUGUCGCUGCGCCACAACAACCUGUCCUUCAUCACGCCUGGCGCCUUCAAGGGUCUCCCGCGGCUGGCCGAGCUGCGCCUGGCGCACAACGGCGAGCUGCGCUACCUGCACGCGCGGACCUUCGCCGCGCUGGCUCGCCUGCGCCGCCUCGACCUGGCGGCCUGCCGCCUGUUCAGCGUGCCCGAGCGUCUGCUGGCCGAGCUGCCCGCCCUGCGCGACUUCACGGCCUUCGACAACCUCUUCCGCCGCGUGCCCGGGGCGCUCCGAGGGCUGGCGAACCUGACGCAUGCGCGCCUGGAGCGCAGCCGCAUCGAGGCCGUGGCCUCCAGCUCCCUGCGGGGCCUGGGGCGCCUGCGCUCGCUCAGCCUGCAGGCCAACCGCGUGCGCGCGGUGCAUGCCGGGGCCUUUAGCGACUGCGGUGCCCUGGAGCAUCUGCUGCUCAACGACAACCUGCUGGCCGCGCUGCCUGCCGCUGCCUUCCUAGGCCUCCGCCGCCUGCGCACACUCAAUCUGGGGGGCAAUGAGCUGGAGCGUGUGGCACGUGCCUGGUUCUCCGACCUGGCCGAGCUCGAGCUGCUUUACCUGGACCGCAACAGCAUCACUUUUGUGGAGGAAGGCGCCUUCCAGAACUUAUCAGGCCUCCUGGCCCUGCAUCUCAACGGCAACCGCCUCACCAUGCUCUCCUGGGCCGCUUUCCAGCCUGGCUUCUUCCUGGGCCGCCUCUUCCUCUUCCGCAACCCUUGGCAUUGUGACUGCCAGCUGGAGUGGCUGCGCGAUUGGAUGGAGGGUUCUGGGCGUGUGGCUGAUGUGGCAUGUGCCUCCCCAGGUUCCGUGGCUGGCUUGGACCUCAGCCAGGUGGUCUUUGAGCGAUCCUCGGACGGCUUGUGCGUGGACCCUGAGGAGCUGAACUUUACCACAUCUAGUCCAGGGCCCAGUCCAGAGCCGGUGGCCACCACCGUGAGCAGGUUCAGCAGCCUCCUCUCCAAGCUGCUGGCCCCAAGGGUCCCCGUGGAGGAAGUAGCCAACACCACCUGGGAGCUGGUCAACAUCUCUCUGUAUGACAGCCUUCCCUCUCGUGGAGUGGUGGUCUUGGGUUGCAAGGCCACGUUUCUCUUUGUCUCUUGCCUCUUGCUCACCCUGGCACAGUAUGGAGUGUUCAGCCUCCAGAGGGACUGACUCUGUCACACUGAAGUGACCCAGACCACUUCCCAAAGGGGAAGCUUUGCUUGGCUGUGAUUGGGAGUGUAUGUAGUUGAGAGGAGAGGGAACAGGAUUAGGGCUGGUGAUAAACGUUCUUGCUGAGGGUGGAAGAAACACUAUCUCAAAAGAUAGCCCUAGGCAGAGGAGCACUCUGGGAAAUGCCACUGAAGUGGGUAUGAAUUUCUGCUCUUCUCACAUGGGCAUCCAUUGAAAAAGAGAAGAAUGAACAAGGGCUCUUGGGUAGGUAGGUGAGGAAUGGAAGUUCCUGGGACUCCUGCCCUCCACCUUUAGGCAACAAUGCCCACAGGGCCUACAUUAAAGCGGGACUCGAUUGGCUAAGUACUAGAACCAUCUUAGUACUUAGUACAUGUACAUGCCAUCUCUCUUGUCUCAGUAGCCCACUAAACCCAAUCCGUCUUUUCUAUCAUGAUCCUCCUCUCUCCUCCUAUGCCCAGGAGCUUGGGGACAACAAGGUUCAGGAAGGUAGACAGGACAUUAGAGAAGGGGCAUGGGAAAGAAGAGACUGAGAUCCAUGGCAGGUGGUGGUUGCUGAGGUCUGAGGUGUGUGUUAAGUGGAAUUUAAAACAAAGAUUCAUUCCUUUUAGGUCACAAUUUAUCCCUUAGUAUAGGCAGUGCCAGGUGUUUGUGGACCACACUUAUAAAAUGCUGAAAGGUAAACCAGUUUCUCUAAUGUAAGACUUUUCAGAGUCUUCCAAUGCCAUUGUAAGCUUCCAAUGUACUGUGAACUCUCGAGGAAGCACAAAAUCUUCUUUUAGCAUUUCUUGUUGUGGGAAGAGUGUCCCUUCCCACAAAUGCUUUGUUAGUAGGGUAGAGCAUCUCCAGCUGGGAUGCGUCCAUUAGGUAUGAAAUUCUUACGAGCUGCUUGCAUGGAGACUAAUGGCCCAGAGGGAAGGGGGACCUCAGAUUUCUCAGGGUGCAUGCCUGAGGGCAGAGGUCGUCUACCAGCACCUACAGUGAGUGUGCAGGGGCUCUGAGUGUGGAGCGUAUGAGGGUACAGAGGCCGAGUCCCACCCAGGGCCCCUGACACACUGGCUCUUCUCAGGGUGGGGGUGAAAAAGAGCAGAGGUUGAUUGUCUUGUCAGCCUCAGAAUCGGCAGCUCUCUGGGCCCUGGCCAUGAGGGUGAGCUUUGCAGGUUGCCCUCUAAAUGUUGACCUGUGGGCUGGGGAUUGUGGGUCAGUGGGAGAGUGCUUGCCUCGUAUGGGCGAGGACCUGGCUUGUCUACUCAUCCCUGAAGAAAACAAGACACUGGUCAGUGACCUUCCAAUCUCAGUCGAGUCGGCAGUAGAACCAUUCUGAACGGAUGACAACAGGUGCGGGUUCCUGAAGGGCCAUGAGGUGAUCAGGUCAGCACAUGUGCCCACAUGUGUCUGCUACACAGACGCUCCAGCUUGUCUGCACACGGUGAGCAGCGACCGCUGUAUCUGUCGAGGUCCUGGAAAUGCACCGUCUUCAUGUGCUGACUUCCUUUCUCUGUAGGGAGAGAGGCCAGGUUUCAAAAAACCCACACAGAUUAGGGCGUGCCAAGCUGUCAAGGGCAACAGUAUUUUUUCUUCUUUAAA